AGGUGCAGGUCUGCAGCUGGAUACAUCUGUGACAAGGGGCGUAAAGGGGAGAAAAAGAAACCAUUCUGCGCAGCGUUCUUGAUGCUCAGACCAUCGUAAUAUUAUUGCACCUUUGUUGCCAAGUCAACAUUGGUCAUUAUAUUGAGCUCAUAACAUACUGCCAUGUCCAGGUUGUGAUGAGCAUCUGAUUGUCUUCAACAUAAAAGUGCAGUAAUGUCAGUGGAACAAGAAAAGAACUCUCUGGCUGAGACUCCAAGUCUCCAGGAGGAACAGAGUGAAAAAUCCGGUUUAAAGGUUUCCAGAUGUGAGUCUGUAAAGAGUGAUCAUUUGAAAGAUGAUGUACUACUUAUCAAAAAGGACACACCUACCAAAAGUGUAUCCUUCAAUGAGGAAACAUCAUCGCAAAUCAAAAGUGUACGAUCAGGCUCACAUGUGUCCAGCUCUGUGUCUGUGAAAAGUGACUGUUCAAAACAUAAUCCACCAAACUUCAGUGAGAAACAACCAUCAUCUACCAAAAGUGUACAAUCAGGCUCACAUGUGUCCAGCUCUGUGUCUGUGAAAAGUGACUGUUCAAAACAUAAUCCACCAAACUUCAGUGAGAAACAACCAUCAUCUACCAAAAGUGUAAGAUCAGGCUCACAUGUGUCCAGCUCUGUGUCUGUAAAAAGUGACUGUUCAAAACAUAAUGCACCAAACUUCANUGAGAAACAACCAUCAUCUACCAAAAGUGUAAGAUCAGGCUCACAUGUGUCCAGCUCUGUGUCUGUAAAAAGUGACUGUUCAAAACAUAAUGCACCAAACUUCAGUGAGAAAAAAACUUCUAACAAAAGUAACAAAGAGCAAAAUAACAGUAUAAAUAUUGGUGCCGAAUUUAAACGGUGGAAAACUUUAAAAAAGCAGAAGGGUAUGACGAGUGAUGUGGAACUGGCAGCUUUUCUUCUGAACAGGGUUCAAUUUGAGAAAUUAGAUUCAGACUUCGAUAACUACAGCCGCAAGAACUUCAAAGAAAAUCUCCUCGAGAUCUUCCAGGAUCUUGAGAACAAAAUAAUCAUAUUUUUGAAAAAUGAGCUAGAAAGGUUUAAGAAAAUAUUAAAAAAAGAGAACACACAGUACUUUGUGGAGGACUUUAUAGGGGAUAUGUGCAGUAUCAAAGAAGCAGCUCUUGAUCUCACACUCUACUUCCUGAAAUAUAUGAAGCAAGAUGAAGCUGCCAAUAUUCUACGAGAUGCCCUGGUCUUCAUUCAUCAAAAACGGCUAAUAUCUCGCCUGACGAAGAAGUAUGAAUCUGUAUCUGAAGGAAUUGCUAAGCAUGGCGACUCCACACUUCUGAAUAACAUCUACACAGAUCUCUAUAUCACUCAGGGUUGUAGUGAACAGAUCAAUACUGAACAUGAGGUGAGACAGAUUGAAGUUGCUUCCAGAUGUUAUGAAUUCCAAGAGAUACAGAUUAAAUGCACAAGUUUGUUUGAAUCAACUGAAAAAGACGAGCAGAUCAGAACUGUACUGACAAAAGGAGUUGCUGGCAUCGGAAAAUCAGUCUCUGCGCAAAAGGUUAUUUUGGACUGGGCUAAAAGGUUAGAAAAGGACAAAAGAGAAAAGGACAAAAAAGAAAAGGACAAAAGAGAAAACGACAGAAAAGAAAAGGACAAAAGCGAAGAGGACAAAAAAGAAAAGGAGAAUAAAGAAAAUGACAAUAACAAAAAGCACAAUAAAGAAAAUCAAGAUAUCAGUUUCAUAUUUCCUCUUCCUUUCCGUGAGAUGAACUUAAUAGAGAAGGAAAAGCAAAGUUUGAUGGACAUUAUAACUCAGUUUUUCCCAGAGACGAAAGGACUGAACCUUACAAAAAGUGAUCAAUUCAAAGUCCUUUUCAUCCUUGAUGGGUUGGACGAAUGUCGUCUUCCUCUAAACUUUGCUGGUAAUGAGAUGUGUCAUGAUGUAUCAUCACCAGCCUCUCUGGAUGUUCUCCUAACGAACCUCAUCAAGGGAAAUCUGCUUCCUUCUGCUCUCAUCUGGAUCACCACCAGACCAACAGCUGCCAGUAAGAUUCCUCCUGACUGUAUCGACCGGCUGACAGAGAUACGAGGAUUCAAUGAUGCACAACUAGACAUCAACAAGAAAAGUGUGUUUGUUCAAGACUCUACAGAACAGGAAAACAAAAGUGAAACCAUGAUUGAUUUGCUCAAGACUGCAGUGGACAAGGCACUUGAGAGUGAUAAUGGACAGCUAGAUCUUUUCCUUCGCUUCCUUCUCGGUCUGUCACUCCAGUCCAAUCAACGACUCUUACCAGGUCUGUUGACACAGCAAGAUGACAAUGACCAGAUCAAAAAGGAAAUAGUUCAGUACAUCAAGCAGAAGUUUGAAGCUAAUCAGUCUCCAGAGAGAUCCAUCAAUCUGUUCUACUGUCUGAAUGAACUGAACGACCAAACUCUGGUGAAAGACAUUCAGACCCACCUUAGAGAAGGAAGCCUCUCAUCUGUUGACCUUUCACCUGCCCAGUGGUCUGCUUUAGCCUUUGUGUUGUUGACAUUAGAGGAGGAGAUGGAGACAUUUGAGCUUCAGAAAUUCAAGAAAUCAGACGAGUGUCUCGUUAGACUAUCAGCAGUCAUCAAAACCUGCAAAAGAGCUCUGUUAAAUGAUUGUAACUUAACAGACAGAAGCUGUCCAGCUCUGGCUACAGUUCUUGGAUCAGAUACUAAUCUGAAAGAGCUGAACAUGAACAAUAAUAAUCUGCAGGAUUCAGGAGUGAAGCUGCUCUGCACUGGACUGAAGAUUCUAAAGUGUAAACUGGAGAUACUGAGGCUUGGUGAGUGUACGGUUACAGAAGAAAGCUGUUCAGCUCUUGCUUCAGUUCUCAGUUCAGACUCCAGCAGUCUGAAGGAUCUUGACCUGAGUAAUAACAAUCUGCAGGAUUCAGGAGUGAAGCUGCUCUCUCAUGGACUGAAAGAUAAUUGUAAACUGGAGAAACUCAGACUUUCAGACUGCAGUAUCACUGAAGAAGGUUAUAAAGCUCUGGCUUCAGCUCUGAGAUCAAACCCUUCACACCUGAUAGAGCUGGAUCUCAGAGGAAAUGAUCCUGGACCAUCAGGAGUGAAGCAGCUCAAUGAUUUACUACUGGAUCCAAACUGUAAACUCGAGACACUGAGGUUUUUGGGUGCUGAUGCUGAGAAAGCCUUCCAGUAUGUGACUCAAGUUUUGGGUGAAAACCUGUUACUCCUGAGAGAGCUGAAUCUGAGUGAACGUAAACUAGACCCAAAACAGCUGGUUCCUCUAUUGGUGGAUAAACACUGUAAACUUAACAUACUGAUUCUGAAUAACAGCUCUAUCACAGAAGAAGAUUGUUGUGCUCUGGUAGCAGCUUUAAAUUCAAACCCUUCAAAUCUGAAAGAGCUGGUUUUGAGUGGGACUAAACUCAGAAACUCAGAAAUGAAGAACUUGUCUACUCUGUUUGAGAAUGUACAGUGUAGACUGGAAAAGUUGAAGUUGAAUUUUAUCAGUAUUACAAAAGAAUAUUGUACUGCUCUGGCUUCAGCUUUUAAUUCAAACCCCUCAAACCUGAAUGAGCUGGACCUGAGUGGGAAUCAACUUGGAGACUCUGGAGUAAUGGAAAUUUCCACUCUACUUGGAAAUUCACAGUGCACACUGCAGAUACUCAGACUUUCAGAGUGCAGUAUCACUGAAGAAGGUUAUAAAGCUCUGUCUUCAGCUCUGAGAUCAAACCCUUCACACCUGAUCGAGCUGGAUCUCACAGGAAAUGAUCCUGGACCAUCAGGAGUGAAGCAGCUCAGUGAUUUACUACAGGAUCCAAACUGUAAAGUAAAACUGAGGUUUUUGAGUCCUGCUGCAGAUGAAGCCUGUCAGUAUGUGAAUAGAGUUGUGGGUGAAAACCUGUUACUCGUGAGAGAGCUGAAUCUGAGUGAACGUGAACUAGGAGACAAAAAUGUGAAGAAGCUUGCUAUUCUACUCCAGGAUAAACACUGUAAACUCAACACACUGAUGCUGAAUAAUAACAGUAUUACAGCAGAAGGUUGUGCUGCUCUGACUUUAGCGUUUAAUUCAAAUCCUUCAAACCUGACAGAGCUGGAUCUGAGUGGAAAUAAACUAGAAAACUCAGGAAUUGAGAAGAUCUGUCCUCAGUUGGAAAAUCCACAGUGCAGAUUGGAAAAACUUAAACUUUCAGACUGCAGUAUCACUGAAGAAGGUUAUAAAGCUCUGGCUUCAGCUCUGAGAUCAAACCCUUCACACCUGAUAGAGCUGGAUCUCAGAGGAAAUGAUCCUGGACCAUCAGGAGUGAAGCAGCUCAAUGAUUUACUACUGGAUGGAAGCUAUAAAUUAAAGAACAUCAGGUUUUUGAAAAGUCUUGCUGCAGAGAGAGCGUGUGAGUAUCUCACUAAAGUUCUGGGUGAAAGUCCAUUAUUAAAGAAAGAACUGGAUCUGAGUGGAGAUAAAUUAGGAGACCUGGAUGGAGAGAAACUUUCUGCUCUCUUCAUGGACUCUCAUAGCAAAGUGGAGAAAAUUAUGCUGAAUAAUUGUGAGCUGACAGAGAAAAGCUGUUCAGUUCUAGCUACUGUUCUCUGCUCCAAAACCACCCUGACAGAGAUGAACCUGAACAACAGCCCUCUGCAGGAUUCAGGAGUCAAAGAGAUCUGUAAAGGACUGAAGAAUCCUGUGUGUGAGCUGAAGAUACUCAAGUUUUUGAGUCCUGCUGCAGAUGAAGCCUGUCAGUAUGUGAAUAGAGUUGUGGGUGAAAACCCGUUACUCGUGAGAGAGCUGAAUCUGAGUGAACGUGAACUAGGAGACAAAAAUGUGAAGAAGCUUGCUAUUCUACUCCAGGAUAAACACUGUAAACUGAGCAUAAUUCAGCUGAAUAAUAACAGUAUUACAGAAGAAGGUUGUGCUGCUCUGACAUCAGCAUUCAAAUUAAACUCUUCAAACCUGAUAGAGCUGGAUCUGAGUGGAAAUAAACUAGGAAAAACAGGAAUGCAGAAUAUCUGUUUUAUGUUGAAAAAUCCACAGUGCAGAUUGGAGAAACUAAAACUUUCAAACUGCAGUAUCACUGAAGAAAGUUACAAAAUCUUGACUUCAGCUCUGGAACCAAACCCUUCACACCUGAUCGAGCUGGAUCUCACAGGAAACGAUCCUGGACGAUCAGGACUACAAUGGUUCUUUAGUCUGUUUGGGGGUGGAACGAGUAAAUUAAAGACCAUCAG